CUCUGUUAGCAGCGCACUUCUCAUUCUGUCCAGCCUGCAGGAGGAGAGGGGAGCGGGGACACUGCCUCUGCAGCACAGGAUCUGGGACAGAACCUGCAGGACGGGGUCACUUUGUUGCUGCUGAUGCGGGCAGCACUGUUGCUUUAAUAGGCUCGUGCCCACCCCCGGAGUGUUUGGGUUUGGGCGCCUGCUGGAACGUCUGUGGAGCUCUAACAAGAGGAACACAGAGAGAGGGAGUGCUGUGGAGGACAGCAAAAUCCUGGAGUACACCACUUUCAGAACUGUUUGACUCAACUGGUUGUUGGACGUAAAGACAAUGUCCAGCGAAGGUGACCCAGGAGGUCAGCCGUCCACUACGGCGCUGAGUACAGUGGCUGUGCAGGCUGGGGACACUCAGAUUGUUGUUGCUGUGCUAAAGUGUGGAGAGUUUGUCAACUUGCAGCUGACCGAGGCUCAUCCGGACCUGCUGGAGAUUGGAAACAACCAGGAUGAAAGCAAGAAGCUUCUGGAAGAGCAUGAUCAGCUGCUCGCCCGACUCAAGAGGAAUGAAGGAGGCGUAUGGGCGCUGCUGGAGCAGGCAGAUGAGGUGGCGGAGGAGAGGAAGGGAGAGGAACGAGUGUAUGAAGCCAUGGCUCGCUCUCUCAGUGAAGCCUGGACGACGCUGGUCAGCCAUCUGGAGAAACGGCGGACGCUACUGCUGCUGACCUGCCAGUUCUACGACCACGCUCUGGAGUUUGCCGUUAAGAUAGAUGAAGCAGAGGAGUUGCAGUGUGCCAGCCAGGAACCGACCAAUGCUGACUGCUUGACUGACCUGAUGCAGAACCACAGCAGCAUAAAGAGAGGCCUGCUGGUGAAGUCUAUGCUGUUGCUGAACAAAACCUAUGAGUUGCUGGACUUCCUGGAGGAUUUUAGGGCCGAAGCAGCCCUGCAGUAUGGGGGGAGCGUGGUGGGUGCCCGUGUCAGCCGCAGGAAAGUGGAGGGCCUGCUGGAGCUCCUGCAGGAUCGUCGCACGCAGGUUGACCUGCGCAUGGCCCAGCAGAUCCAUGACCUGGAGCUCAUCCACAGGAUCUGCCAGUGGGAGCAGCAGGAACAAGAAGUAACACGCUGGUUCAAAGAAAACGCCAACCUGUUCUUGGAAAAUAAUCAGCUGGGUUCAUCGCUUUCUGAGAGUGAAGAGCUACUGCACAAGUAUAAAGAGUUUGAACUCAAAGCCAAGGAUUGGGGUGUGCUGGUUGAGCAUCUGCUUCAGCAGACUUCUGAGCUGCGGUCCUCUUCAUGUAAGUCCAUCCAGCUUGAGGCCAUCUCAGAGAGGAGUCAGAACCUGAGUUCCACGUACGAUCAUUUCUGGAACCUGCUGAUGGACCGACGGGGACACUUGCAGGAGAGCAACGCUUUCUUUAGUUGCGCUAACAAAGCAUUUGAAGUACUGGCAGCCACUGAGAGCAGCAUAAAGAGUUUGAAGACUGAGACUUUGCCUUUGCCUGAGCUGGCAAAGAAGCACGAGGAGCUCCACCGCUGUAUCAAAGACGCAGCUGCCGAUCCGCUUCACAGAGGACAGCUCAUACUUCAGAAGCUCAACUCACAAAGUGUCCAAGUUGGAGGGGUGCAAAGGAUGCUGGGGUACCUCAGAGAGCGGGUGGACGGGCUGAGCCGGCAGUGUCAGGCCUACAGGGAGCUGGCAGGGAAGAAGCAGCAGCUGCUGACCUCAAUCGACGACCUAGAGGAUAAGAUCAGUGGCUGGAUACGCAGCAGUAACAGUGUUGUGUCCAGCAGCACGCAGCCAGGCUCCUCUCUCUCUGAGGCUCAAGAUACACUCAACAGACAUCUGGAGCUCUCCACACACAUGCAGAAUGUUUUGAAGGACCUGGAGGCUGUUGAAGGAAUGGUGGAUGAACUGAAGAAGCUGGAGUGCUCUGAGUCUUUGGAACGUUCCAACAGGGUCUCCUUACUGAAAGAGCAGCUUCAGACCCUUCAGAGGAACAUCUCAGCACGGGUGGAGACCCUCAGGCCCUAUGUUAGCUUUUUACGCUCCGCAGAAGAGGUUGACGAGCAGGUUAAGAUGUUGCUGGGCUGCUUUAAAAACAGGCCAGACACAGAGGAGGAGAAUGAAGAAGUAGGUGCUACUAUGAAGGAGGUCAUGGAUGCAAGAUGGCAGUCGUUCCUACAGAAGUUCCUCUUCAUGCAGGACCAGGGGAAUAACUUUAGCAACUCUUCAAACAUGGUGAGCUCGACUCUGAGUCUGAAUGUGAGAGGAGCGAUGAGUGUGGUGGAGAAGACCAUAGAGAGUCUGACUAAGAAAAAAGCUGAACUCUCUGAUGUGUGGACAUCAUGGCAACUCCAUUACAGUCAGAUGAAGUCUGUGAAGAAGCAGUGGAAAAAAUUCAAGGAACAACUUAAAAAGGUUGUGCAUGAACUGAAGUCUCUGGAGGGCGUUCUUACUCCAACAUCUAAAGUUGACCUGGGACAUGAUGUUCAGACAGUGGCAAAGCUGCAAAAGAGCUUUAACUCCACCAAGCCACAGUUUCUGCAACUGAAUGCAGAAGUGGAAUUCCUGGUGAAGACGUCGGAAUUGCUGGCGCUGAAAGGAAUACCGAUGAAGGAGAAAAACGACAGGGUCAGCGAGCUCCUCCUGGUGCACCAGCGUGUGAGGGAUAAAAUCCGCGAGUAUGAAGCCGUUCUCAGCAUGGCUGUCAAAUUCCAUCAGCUUCAUCAAGAGCUGGACACUUUGCUGAAGGCAGAACCUGUGAAGGGGUUCAGUGAUCCGACCCAGGCCAGGAUGCAGCUCAGUCAGCACCAGGACAGGCAGAACCAUGUCCGGCACCUGUACAAACUGGCCAUCUCACUGGGGGCAGAUAUCACCAGCACUGUCCAACAGUCGCAAGUGCUGGUGUUCUCGGUUCAGGAUAAAAUGGAGCAUCUGCGGUGUGGCAGUGUGAGCUGGGCUGCCCAGGCCAGCCGGUGUGAAGAGAGCCUGAUGAGCAACAUGCACUACUGCAUCUUUAAAGAGGAGAUCGGUGAGCUGAGAGAGUCUUUCAAAGACCUCAAGAAGAAAUUCAACAAUUUAAAAUUCAACUACAUGAAGAAAAAUGAGAAGAUGAGAAACCUGAAAGCAGUGAAAAAUCAGAUCCAACAAAUCGAGAUUUACACUGAAAAGCUGCAGGUUUUGAAGAAGAAGCUGCAGGCCUUCGCACUGAAGUUGUCAAGCAACAGCGAGAAGCAUCUGAUUGGCAGCAGCCCCAGAGAGCUGGAGGAUGCCGUCAAUGAGCUUCAGAGACAGGUGGGAGAUUUUGACAGGACGGUGGAGGAAUACAAGCACAACCUGGACCUCAGCAUGAAGCUACAGCAAGCCAUGGAAGAGUAUCAGUUUUGGUGUGAUGAGGCGAGUUCCACCAUCGUCAGAGUGGGAAAAUACUCAUCCCAGUGCAAAACCAAGGAAGCCAUCACCACCCUUUAUAAGCAGUUUGAGAAAUUUGUCUGGCCCACAAUUCCACAGCAGGAGGAACGGAUCAAUCAGAUUACAGAGCUGGCAGUGCGCUUACAUGGUGCUGAGGAAGGGAAGAAGUACAUGGAGAAAACAGUUACCAAGCACACUGAAAUCGUCGAUGCAAUAAAGGAACUGUCCAGUGGACUUUUAGACCUUGAAGCCAGACUACAGGCUGAGUCCUUGAAACAGAGAACUACUGAGGAAAACAAGCCGUAUGACACCAUUGAUACUCCUGAGGUGAAGGAGACUGGCCACACUCCUGAGAUGACUGGACCUGAUGGCACCAAGGAGGAGCCGGUCACCAAGAAACCAGAAGGCAAGAAGACGCAGCUGGCCAAAUCACAAAGCCAGGAUUUACCAGACAAACCGCAGUCAGAGGAACAUAAAGUCCUCUCAGAGACCCGUAGUUACACGCAGGAGGCGUACUCAAAGAUGAGCAUGACACAGACCACCACCAGCAAGUCCACGGUGGAAAGGAAGGAGGAGACGCACACCUCCUUCUCUCACACACACACCUUCAGCGUGUCCAGCUCGCCUGUGGAGCGGGACAGGAAAAUCUACACCCUCCAACAGGCCAAGAGACCAUCUCAGGACACCCCUCCACCUCAGUGGCCCCAGUGCUCAGACGUCCAGAGAGAAGAGAAGCAGGCCCACCACGACGCGAUCCAGUGGUCAGGACCCCCAUGGACUCUCACAGAGCAGACUGAAGGCCCUCUCCCAGCAGAAGAAGAACUCUUCUCCCAGCCCUUGGACGGAGACUUCCAGCAUGACCACCUGACAGAGGAGUCGUUCUCCAAUGACGAAUAUGAGUGCACUUCCCCUGACGACAUCUCGCUGCCCCCUCUGUCUGAAACCCCAGAGUCCAACAUGGUCCUGUCUGAGAAUGACCUGGACCUGGACAGCUUCUGCGUGAGCUCCCACAGCACUCAUCUGAACCAGUUUAGCCAGCACGGAGCGUCCAGCCAGACGGAGAGCUACCCGUCCCCUACGGCAGGCCUGGCUGGCCGCUUCAGAGCAGAAUCUUCCGCUUUUGUCCAUAGUCCAUUGACCGUUCCCACACCCACCAUCAUCUCCAGCACCAUCUCCAGCAUCCUAAAGAGCAGCAAACCAGGGAGUCUCACAGAGUGCCACCAAACCCUUCACUCGGUGCAUGAGAGUCGGACUGAGACGCAGGGGUGUGUGCAUGAACCCGUCCCGGCUCGAAAUGUCCAUGCUCGGGCCAGUAACAUGCAUGCUCCACCUAAACCCCCCUUAACCUCAGAGCAGGAGCCCGAGCUGUGCAGGCCCACGGCCAUCCGAGAGGAAGUCAGGCGUGUGAGUGGUGCCAGGGCCGUGGGGAACCUAGCAACAGCGCACGGCCCUAACUUCUCCAAACACUUGUCUAACGCCACUGUUAUGGAGGGCUCUCCGGUGACCUUGGAGGUGGAAGUCACUGGAUUCCCUGAACCUGCUUUGACCUGGUUCAAGAACGGACAGAAAGUGACCAAUGGCGAGCGCGCCUCACUGUCCCAUAAAGAAGGCAAGCAUGCAUUGUUCAUUGAGAGUGCUGAGGAGCGAGACUCGGGUCAGUAUGUGGUUAGCGCCUCAAAUUCGGCCGGCACGGUCUCCUCCAGCUCCGUGCUGCACGUCAAAGAGAAAAUGGGGCUCCUAACAACCACCUGGAAGACCUGAUAGACACCAUCAAAUAAACAGCUUUCAGCAACAGCUUAAAGCUUUCAUCUUUGAGAGAGAGGAGAAAAUCAAGCUGCUUAGCAACUGUUUAGCAACCAACUUGGACACCAAAGCAACCACUUAGCAGCUGCUUAGCAACCACUGUGGACACCAUAGCAACCACUUUGCUGCCACCUUGGACACCAUAGCAACUGCCUAGCAAUCGCUGAGCAACUACCAUGGACACCAUAGCAAUCACCCAUUAACAGCUUAGCAACCACUUAGACACCAUGAUGGACACUGUGCAUUCUGUCCAUCCUUCCACUGUGAGAAGAUGACUCAGCGCUUUGGGUCUGGAAGGAUGUGCAGCUGUUAAGAAGAACCUCACUGAGAAAAGGAGAUGGACAAAAAGGAAGGACGUUUGCUCUAGAACAUUGAAACUGGACAUCUGAGAUGUGAUUAAGGAUUUAAGGACUAGUUUAUUUUGGGAUUAUUGUGAGAAGCAGAAAGUGCAACCAACGUCUAAGACUGAACUUUGGAGGCGUGUCUGCAGAUUCUUUGAGAAACUGAAAGUGAGACUCCUGAAAAAAAUGGAAGCCGUAGUAAAGGUGAAAAGUGACGCACUAAAUACUGAAAAGGUGGCAUUUUAUUUAGUUGUCAUAUUUAAUUUCGUUUUGCUGUGGAGGCCUCUGCGUGAAUUUUUUUUUUUUGUUAAAUAUGUUUUCUGCUUUUUUCUGAUGCUGAAAAAUUAAUACCUUGUACUGUUUUGACUGGAAAUUUAUAAAUAAAUUAAAAUCUCAGAAUUUCUGUACUCAGUCCUGUAAGAAAAUAUUAGUCCCUUUUGAAAAAAUAUCAGAAUAAAAAGGCCUGUAUUUACCUUUUGAGGGCAUUUAGUUGUACAGGUCAAGUUUAAUAUGAGUAAAAUAAUACUCUGUAUUGUAUUUAUAUCCAGCUAUUAUUUCAUUUUAGAACAUAAUGUUGAAACUCCAUAAUUAAAAUGCUACUUGGAGCAAAGUUUUGAAAUUUUGCAUGGUAGCUUGAAA